AUGUUCUCAGAGUUGAAGUUCCCUGUGCCCUGGGGACAUGUGGCAGCCAAGGCCUGGGGACCCUCGGAGGGACACCCUGUGCUGUGUUUGCAUGGCUGGUUGGACAAUGCCAACACCUUUGACAAGCUCAUUCCACUGCUCCCCAGAGGUUGUUAUUAUGUUGCAAUGGAUUUUUCUGGCCAUGGUUUGUCCUCCCACCGACCUGCAGGCUGCCCCUACCAUUUCCUAGAUUAUGUGACCGAUGUGCGCCGAGUGGCAGCAGCCUUGCAGUGGAGACGGUUCACCCUGAUGGGUCACAGUAUGGGUGGGGCUGUGGCAGGAAUGUUCUGUUUCCUUUACCCUGAGAUGGUGGACAAGCUGAUCCUGCUGGAAAGUCUUGGCUUUCUUCUAGCUCCAGAGGACACUGAGGCAUGGCUGAAAUCAAAACGGAGGGUGAUUGACAGACUACUGAGUCUGGAGGCAAAGCAGCAAACUCCCAAAGCACGGAGCCCCGAAGCAGCAUUGCAGAGGCUUUUAGAAGCAAACAGCCAUCUGACAGCAGAGGGUGGGGCAAUCCUGCUGCAGCGAGGAGCAACUGAGACACCCGCUGGGCUGGUGUAUAACAGAGACAUGAGAGCCCGUACACAGAGUAGAGAGUUCUUCACAGUGGAGCAGUGUGUGAAGCUCCUGCAGAAGAUCCAGGACCGUGUUCUCAUAAUUAUAUCACAAGAUGGACUCUUGGUACCGCACAACCUACCCAGCAGAAAUCACUUUGUGAAAGCCCUGCAGGAGGCAUUUGAGUCUACCAUCAAAGAGCACAUCCAGGUAGCAGAAGUGCCUGGGAGUCAUUUUGUGCACUUGAACGAGCCCGAAGUGGUAUCUGGGAUCAUCAGCAACUUCCUGACAGCACAGAACACCAGGGCCAGACUCUAGGAAGCCCUCACAGCUGAAGCAGUCCAGGAUACCUGGGAGCUAACAAGCAAGCUCCAGAAUUGUCACCAUUCCUACCUUGCAUUCAACAUCAAAUUGCAAUAAUCUUUCCUAUGCUUAGCUCACUGCAAGGUGGAAGCAGGUCUGCCAUGGGUUUUCUGAAGGGGAGCUGAGCAAAAUCUCAUUUGCCAAAGAGAGAAAGAAUGCUUGCUCUACUUCCAGCUCUGUGAGUACAGGGAUAGACGCCCAGAGUGGCCUUCCCCUUGGCUUACUCCAAACUUGCACCCUGAAAUGGAGCAGAACACAGGCAGAGGCAUCUUCUUGGACAGCAGCAGCACCACCACCAGCUUUGGCACUGCAAGAGAGGUGGCUCAUCUUGCCUGCUCCCUGAGGAUGGACAGGCUGCUCCCAGGAUUUAACCUGCUGAAAGACAAGGAAAGUGUUCUGCUUCUCUGCUUACUGCCGUAGACACCUGAGCUCAGCGGGCCUCAGUGUCUCUGUUCCACUGUAAGAGCUACUGGUUUUUUAAGAAUCAGCUUAAAUAAAAGCUCACCUGUGCAGAGAAGGCCAUUUUAAUAAACGCUAGAGAAUGUUCCUAAUCCUCUAGCUGAAGCAGCUGGGA